AUGAGUGAUUCUGAUAGAAAAAAGGAUUUAGUAACAAUUCACGGACUGAUUAAAGAAAAAAAAUUAACGGAAGCAAUCGAGAAAUGCAAUAUAUAUCUAAAGGAACAUCCAAACAGCUACCAAUGUCAUAUGUUAAUAGGUGCCGCUUAUACAAAUAAUAACAAUAAGAUUGAGGCUGCAAAGCAUUUACGAGAUGCGUUAGAACUAUGUAAAGGAUCACCAAUAUCAGUUUUACGGGGCUUAAUUGGUUGUGUGUCCACAGAGGAGCUACCGGAUGUGUAUAAACAACUACUGCCAUUAGAGAGUGAGGAUAAAUAUUACUGUGAAAGUAUUGAAAGAAUAUCCAUUCAUUCACAAAAUCCACAAGUUUUCUUGGAUUUCUUUGAACUUAUGAAGCAGCAAGCAGAGACCAAUAUUAAUGAUAAUCGAAAAAAUGUUGUAAUGAAAAGUCUGUGUGGUAUGUGCGUUAGCGGAGUGAGAAUAUCGGAUGUGGACGACCAAUCGCUUAAAAGUACUUUUGAACUUUUGAUUGAAUAUUACAAAGAUCAGGAGAAACAUAGUGAAAUACAUGUACAUAAGCUUUACCUUAGAACGUAUAAAAAGUAUAUAAAAUUGCUGUAUAAACUUCAAGAUUAUAAAAAUUGCCUAAAACAUGCCAGUCUAAUAGUGCAACAGAAUGCAGAAGAUGAGUAUGCGUACGAAUGGAUUUGUAAGAUAUAUUCAGAGUACUACAAAGAUGAUGUGUUCAAAGAUUGGCAAAAUGAACUUGAAUAUCCAGUUGAGCAUUACAGUGAAAAACUAGUCCAACUGAACGAAAAAUCAAGUUUAGGACUCUUGGUAAAAUCAAUUAUAUUUUAUAAUCAGCAACAAUAUGUGCCUUGUCGUGAUUUGCUAAACAAAGUAAGAACUUUGGUUCCAGAUAAUAUAGUUGCUAUAGAUCUACUUGCAAUCACCAAUAUGGUUUUAGGAGCAUUUGAAAUAGCAAUGAAUUUGUGGCAUGACAUCCAUAAUGACAAAAUGUAUGCUAUAUGUGCAUCACACACUGCGGAUAGAGAACUGAACAAGAGUGCCAUUAAACUUUUGCAAACUUUGGAGCAAUCUAUAGACGUUGUUGAAGCACUAGCCAGGUGUUAUUUUUCACUGAAAGACUUCGAUGCACUGAAAAGGCUAAAAUUAAGUGAUAUAGCGAAAACGGAGUACUUACUCGAGCCAGUUGAAGCAAUUGAAUUGAUUGAGCAUUCUGAAGAUUCAGAUUCAUUUUCUCGUUUCUUUUUGUUGGGUAAACUCUAUUUUAAAAUAUCUAACUAUUCCUCAUCGCUUACAUGGACUUUAAAGGCUACAAGAAUACAAUCCUAUCGAGCGGAAUGCUUUCUAUAUUUGG